AUGGAGGUGGAGGAGAUCAAGACCAAGCCUCACAAGCAGCUGGUGGUGGUUAGCAAGGGUCAGGUGUUCAUCUCCCUUGACAACCUCAACUCUGACAACUUCUGGUCACUAAUCACCAACCACUGGAGCAUGAUCAAAAGGCAGAUGGAGGCCUUUUGUCAGGCUGUUCAUGCAGCCAUGGAGGCUGACUGCUGCUGUGAAGAUCCUGAGGAGCUUCACCACAUCUGGGACUGGAUCUGCGUUGUGGAAUACAGUGCACUGUGUGGUAAAAACAUCAAGAUCAAGCAGCCCUGCAGCAUCACCUCUGAAGUUGUCUACAUGUUCUGCAAGCACCUGUUCCAGUUGAAACUUCUCAGCAAUGAGGCAGAGGAGACGUCUCCUCACCAGUUAGUCAGCCCACAUUCCAAGCUCACCACAUGCUUGUUCUUUACAGCUACCAAGAAACAUGGCAAGGGUAAGGCUGAAGAGGAAAAGUCGCCAUCUACCAUCAAGCACAAGGCAGAGCUUGCUCUCCAGAGAUUCUACAUCUCCUCAUCUCCCUCCAACAUUGCCAACACCAUCACCUCACUCAAGUCUUCUGCCUACUCCAGCUCCAUGCCCACCUCUGAACCUCUUGUCAGUGGCUUUGAUGUUCUCAUCUUCAGCCACAAGAGGGUUAACAUGUCUGCCAUCUGGCAUCCUCUGGCCAGUGACACCAUCCCUGAACCCUUCUGCUAUCUGCACCACAUCCCCAUCCCACACCCAAUGUGUGAGGUUGUCUGCUCUGCUCCUGCUUUCCUCACUGCUCAAUCAUUGGACCGCACCCUGCUUCACAUUGGCCUCUACAGCUUCCUCAUCCAGAGCUUAGAGCUUCCCAAUCCUUCUCCCCACCCCAUCACAUCACCCACCACUCCCUACCACAUUCUCUAUGAGGCAAAUCCCACCUACUACCUCUCCUUCUGUGCUACCCUUUACUCCAGCUUUGUCUGCCUCUCCUCUACCCCCAUAGCAGAGGGCAACAUCUCCUCUCUCACCAACUGGCUCCUCACCUUCCACUCUAAAUUCCUGGAGGAGUCAGAUCUCACAGCCAUCACUUCCUUCCUACAACUAACUUCACAUCCUGCCCUUGGCCCUCUCACACCCAAGACCAGCUCCUCCUCCUCUUCUGGUCCAUGGAAAGUGUGGAAGUCCAUUGGCUAA